GUUAAAGUGUAGAUUGACGUUUUAAAGUAUGUUUUUUAACAAAAAAUAGUGUUAUUUGUAUAUUUACCAAAGCAGUAAAAAUCAAUUUGACUUUAUGAUUUAGUUUAAAUGAAAAUAAUGUGGUAAAUAAUAGUCGUAAUAUAAGAAAGUGAUGACAAGCCAAAAUACACAGUAUUUGCAGAGGUACCAACCUUAUAAUCAAAACCAAUACCGUCAAACCGAUGGGCAAUGGGAUUCGAGUGCGACGGCCCCCCAAAAUCCGCCGACGGUACCCGCUAGGGGCAUAAAAAGAUUCACGACCAAUGAAGUAACCCGUCCAUACGAAGAGUCUCACUGGAUGGCUCCUCCAGAUCUGCCACAUCAAAUGGAUAACAACAUCCAGCAUGACUGUAACAUGCGACUGAGGUCGCAGAACAACAUGAACGUAACUACGACCGCAACAACAACAACAACAACCGGAGACUGCAGUAAUUUUAGGAACAAUCAAAUCGGCAAUAACGAUCACGACGUCAACGUGAACUGUGUACAAAGCCCGCUGAAAACGGGCUCAAAAGCCACACCAUGGUUUCACGGCAAAAUAAGUCGAGACGAUGCCGAAUACCUCCUUGUCCAAUCAAAAAAGACGGACGGCCUCUUCCUGAUCAGGGAGUCGACCAACUUCCCUGGCGAUUAUACGCUGUGCGUUUGUUUCCAAGAAAAAGUCGAACACUAUAGGGUGAAAAGACAGCAGGGCAAGAUCACCAUAGACGAUGAGGAGUUUUUUUCGAAUUUACAGGAGCUGAUAGAACAUUAUAAAAAGGACGCGGACGGAUUAUGUACCAAGCUUGUUAAACCCUUAAUCAACGACUUGUGUAUAAUACCUGAGCACGAGUUGCAAAUAAAGGAACCCAUUGGCAAAGGUGAAUUUUGCGAGGUGAAGCUGGGCUACUGGAAGAAGAACAAGGUAGCCGUCAAAGUAUUAAACGAUUCUAGUGAAGCCGAGGCCAUUCUUAUGAAGUCAUUACACCAUGAGAACCUAGUGAACCUUUUAGGAAUAGUCAGAAGAAAGGACCAGAUCUACCUGAUAACAGAGUUCAUGAGCAAGGGCAGUUUGGUGGACUAUCUCAGGUCCAGGGGCAGACAGCACGUGACCAAAAAGGACCAAAUUAAUUUUGCGUUCGACACCAGCUCCGGCAUGGAGUAUUUGGAGAAGAUGCACGUGGUGCACAGGGAUUUGGCCGCCAGGAACGUGUUGAUAGCCGAGAACGGGAGGGCCAAGGUGUCCGAUUUCGGGCUGGCCAGGCGGGACAACACCGCCGCCUCGGAGUCGGCCAAGCUGCCGAUUAAGUGGACCGCGCCCGAGGCCCUUAAACAAAAUAAAUUUUCCAACAAAUCGGAUAUGUGGAGUUUUGGAAUACUUCUUUGGGAGAUUUACUCGUUUGGAAGAGUUCCGUAUCCUCGAAUACCUCUGGCAGACGUAGUGAAACAUGUUGAGAAAGGCUACAAAAUGGAAUCACCUGAAGGAUGCCCAUCUGAAGUUUACGACAUUAUGCGUCAGGCGUGGGAUUUGGACCCCGAGAAAAGACCUUAUUUCCGUGAUGUAAAGAAUAAACUCCAUCAGCUUAUGACUAAACAUAUUGAGACCUAGUUAUGUAAAUGUACAUACUACUAUGUAUAAUAUAAUAAUAUGAAUAGAUGGAAUACGCAUGUACAAUGUACAACGUGAUAUUCAUUAAACUUCAUGUAAUUCAUCUGACAAAUGUUCUCUAAUCACCCCAUAUUAUUAGUAAAUACGUUUUUUGACAUUUUUUUCCGCAUUACUAAAUUAUGUGGUAACCUUCCAAAUUAGGUCGAGAUUGUGGCGUGGUUAUUGAUAUUAUUUUCUAAUAUCCCUACCGUACUUUUGUAAAAAAUUUUAUUUAUUAUUUUUUUAUUUAUUGUACUUAAAAUGCGUCAGAUAUUUCACAACGUGGAAAACAUGAUUUUAUUUUAAAAUUCCUCCUAAAUGGAAAGUGUAUUAUUAUAUAGUUUUGUUGUAAUAUUAUAUUGUAUAUUUUUAUUUUAUUCUUUGCUAGAAUUUGGAAAUAAAUUCUUUUCUUGUG